AUGAACGAGAUUGGUCUGGACCCAGGUAUCGACCACUUGUACGCCGUCAAGACCAUUGACGAAGUACACAAAGUCGGCGGAAAGAUCAAGUCUUUCCUCAGUUACUGUGGUGGUCUUCCAGCCCCAGAAGACUCCGACAAUCCUUUGGGAUACAAGUUCUCGUGGUCGUCCAGAGGUGUUCUUUUGGCCUUGAGAAACUCCGCCAAGUACUGGAAGGACGGCAAGGUUGUCUCCAUCGAGUCGCAGGAUUUGAUGAAGUCUGCCAAGCCUUACUUCAUAUUCCCAGGUUACGCUCUGGUGUGCUACCCUAACCGUGACUCCACCACCUACAAGGAGCUGUACAACAUUCCUGAGGCUGAGACCGUCAUCAGAGGAACUCUUCGUUUCCAGGGUUUCCCUGAGUUCGUCAAAGUCUUGGUCGACAUUGGCUUCUUGAAGGAUGAGGAGAAUGACCUUUUCAAGGAGUCUGCUCCUUGGAACGAGACCGUUGCCAAGUACAUCGGUGCCGCUUCUUCCUCUGAGGCCGACAUCGUUGCCAAGAUCUCUUCCUCCACCCAAUUUGUGUCUGAAGACGACAAGGAGCGUAUUCUCGCUGGUUUCAAGUGGCUUGGAUUGUUCUCUGACACCAAGACCACCCCAAGAGGUAACCCAUUGGACACCCUGUGUGCUACCUUGGAGGAGAAGAUGCAGUAUGAGGAAGGCGAACGUGACUUGGUCAUCUUGCAACACAAGUUUGGCAUUGAAUGGGCUGAUGGUACCACCGAAACCAGAACCUCCACCCUUGUUGAUUACGGUGUUCCAGGCGGAUACUCCUCCAUGGCCAAGACCGUUGGUGUUCCAUGUGCCGUUGCUAGUCAGAGAAUCUUGGCCGGUGAGCUGGUUAGCGAACCAGGUCUCUAUGCUCCAAUGACCCCAGAGAUCAACGAUCCAAUCAUGAAGACUCUGAAGGAUGAGUACAACAUCUACCUGGUUGAGAAGACUUUGUAA